AUGGCCGAGCCGGCGGCCGUCGCCGUCGCCGUCGAUCCACAGCCGCCUCCGCACUCUCCGCCGUGCCCCACCGGAGAAUUCGACCCCUGCCUCCACAACCCGCCCCUCGAUGCCGACUUCUUCGACGAGCACCUCCUGAUCGAGGGCGGCGGGGUCCUCGAGGGCCUCGAUUUCGAUUUCUCCUUCGACGACCUCUGCUUCCCCAUCUCCGACGACCUUGACCACCUCCUCGAGCCAAUGCUGCAACCCGAUUCCCAAUCCGGAUCGGACCCUCCCGAUUCCGCCCAAAUCUCGCCGAAUUUCGACCGAUUCCACUCGGUUUUCAAAUCGGCGUCUCGGGAAUUGAGUCAUUUUCAAGAGGACGGCGAUUUUCACGGCGAUCGGAGCUGGGAGGGUUCCGGACCUUCCGGCGUUCUGAGUUCCUCUUCACCGGAGAUGGAGUCUCAGCAGAUUUCCGGCUAUCUCAACAUGCCGUCGCCGGAAUCGAACGGAUCGAAUCGCGCCAGUGCUGAGAAUUGCAGCGGAUAUGCCGAUGAGAAGGUAUUAAAAUGCAAUUCGCCUGAAUACGAGGGUUUCGGUGAUUUUGUGUCCAAUGUUUCCGAAGAUAAUACCCCGAACCGAUCGGUAAGCUCUUCGCCCGAUUCAAGCAAUUGUUCAAUUAGGACCGGCGUUGUUGAUCAGAAGAUCAAAUUAGAGGAGCCUGCUAAUGUUAACUGUACUAUUUCUUCGCUGAAAAGAAAAAACGACAGCGAAGAUUUGUCGAAUACUAACGAUGACAUCGAGUUUAGGACUAGCAAGUAUAGAAAAUCUAGCUGUAGUGUAGAGAAUAACAAUACUAGUGUCAACACUAAUGGAGUUUUCAGUGAAGAUGAAGAGAAAAGGAAGGCUCGAUUGCUGAGAAAUCGGGAGAGCGCCCAAUUAUCCCGACAGAGGAAGAAACAUUACGUGGAGGAGUUGGAGGAGAAGGUAAGGGCCAUGCACUCAACCAUUCAAGACCUGAACGGUAAAAUCACAUACUUCAUGGCUGAAAACGCGACUCUUCGCCAGCAAAUAGGCUGUGGUGGUGGUGCUGUCGCUGGAGCUCCGGCAGCCCCAACGCCUCCCGGAGCUUAUCCUCCUCAUCCAGCCAUGAUGUACCCAUGGAUGCCGUGCCCACCGCCGCCUUUCAUGGUGAAACCGCAAGGUUCACAAGUGCCUCUUGUUCCCAUCCCGAGGUUGAAGACGAAGCUUCAACCAGCAAAACCGAGCAAGAAAUCAUCGGAGAUCAGGAAAAACGAGGGGCCAAAGACAAAGAAGGUAGCGAGUGUUAGUUUCUUGGGUCUGCUGUUUUUCAUAAUGUUGUUCGGUGGGUUAUUGCCGAUGUUCAACGUGCAGUACGGAGGUUUUAGGGAGGCGUUUAUUAGUGGAGAUGGUUAUAUGAGAUACCGUGGGAGGGUUUUGAUGGUGAAUGGGACAGAGUAUGGUGAAAAAAGUGCGGCGGAUGAAUUUGUUCCGUCGAGAAAUGGGAGUCAAUCACUUUCUGCAUCAUUGUAUGUACCUAGAAAUGAUAGGAUGGUUAAGAUAGAUGGGAAUUUGAUUAUCCACUCGGUUUUGGCGAGCGAAAAAGCAAUGGCUUCGUCUAAUGGGAAAGGAGGCAGUGAGACGGGUCUUGUAGUCCCGAGGGAUUUGGCUUCUUCAAGAACUGUUCAGGGUGUGGGAAUCAAUGGUGGUGCUAGGCAUGUACAGUUAAGGGCUCUUGGUUCUAGUUCGGGGGAUGAGGAUGGUGUGAAGUCAACAGCUAGUGAUGGGAGCCUUCAGCAAUGGUUUCGUGAAGGCCUUGCAGGGCCAAUGUUAAGCUCCGGCCUAUGCACCGAAGUCUUCCAGUUCGACGUCUCGUCAGCCGGAGCCAUAAUCCCAGCCUCCCCAAACAUAUCUAAAGUCGAAACUCAAAACUCCACAAACCCAAACAAGGCAAAAAACCGGAGGAUCCUCCAUCCCAUCCAUCUUCCCGAACCUUACCCCAACAACAACAUAUCCACCGAACAACCUCGUACUAAUGUGAAUCCCGAGAAAGAAAACCUCGACGGGAACAAAAGCACGUCAUCAAUGGUGGUGUCGGUUCUGUUCGAUCCUCGGGAGUCCGGGGAUGCUGACGUGGACGGCGUGAUGGGGACCAAGUCACUCUCUCGGAUUUUCGUAGUUGUGCUCAUCGACAGCGUCAAGUACGUGACUUACUCGUGCAUGCUUCCGUUUGCAGGGUCCGGGCCCCACUUGGUGACCACGUGA